AUGGCGCGGACCCUGCGGCCCGACGACAUCAACCCCCGCACGGGGCUGGUGGUGGCUCUGGUCAGCGUCUUUCUGGUGUUCGGCUUCAUGUUCACCGUGUCCGGCAUCAAGGGAGAGACCCUGGGGGACAUCCCGCUGCUGGCCAUCGGGCCGGCCAUCUGCCUGCCGGGCAUCGCCGCCAUCGCCCUCACCAGAAAGACCGACGGCUGCACCAAAUGUCCCGAGAACAUGCGUCCGUGCUGCAAGGAGGUCAAGGACCGGGAUGUCAUGGAGCUGCUAAGGACCCCCUCGGACCUGGAGUCUGGCAAGGGAAGUUGUGACGAGCUGGCCAGGAAAGCUUACCGCAAGGACAGGAGAGGGCUGAGGGGAGAGGACACCGUGUUCAUCUGCACCUCCGGCACCACCGCCGCUACCACGGCAGAGUGCAAGAGCCUCGCCAAAAAGGUGGAGCAGGAGGAGAUGCUGAAAUACCUGGAGAGCUGUUACCCAGAGAUGCCCGAGAAUGUGUUCGUGGGAGAUGGCUCCACAUACAGUGCCUUGGAGAAGAAGAGCUCUUCUCCCAGCAGGGACAGCACUCCUUGCCCUGACAUUGAAGACAACAUUUUUGUGGCUCCUAAAGAUAGCAUCAUUGUCUGCUCUUACAAGGAUAACAGCCCUUAUGACAGGUACUGUUGUUACAUAAACCCCACUGGAGUCAACUCAGACCAGGAGACCAUUGUGUGA